AUGGGCCCGCACCCCAACGCCAUCAAGUCGUGCGCGCAGCCCGCCUCGGCCGCCGCCGCUGCCGCCUUCGCGGACAAGUACAUGGAUACCGCCGGCCCUGCGGCCGAGGAGUUCAGCUCCCGCGCUAAGGAGUUCGCCUUCUACCACCAGGGCUACGCAGCUGGGCCUUACCACCACCAUCAGCCCGUACCCGGCUACCUGGAUAUGCCAGUGGUGCCGGGUCUCGGGGGCCCGGGCGAGUCGCGCCACGAACCCCUGGGUCUUCCCAUGGAAAGCUACCAGCCCUGGGCGCUGCCCAACGGCUGGAACGGCCAAAUGUACUGCCCCAAAGAGCAGGCGCAGCCUCCCCACCUCUGGAAGUCCACUCUGCCCGACGUGGUCUCCCAUCCAUCCGAUGCCAGCUCCUAUAGGAGGGGGAGAAAGAAGCGCGUGCCUUAUACCAAGGUGCAAUUAAAAGAACUCGAACGGGAAUACGCUACGAACAAAUUCAUUACCAAGGACAAACGAAGGCGGAUAUCAGCCACAACGAACCUCUCGGAGCGGCAGGUCACAAUCUGGUUCCAGAAUAGGAGGGUCAAAGAGAAAAAAGUCAUCAACAAACUGAAGACCACUAGCUAA